AUGAAGGUCUUCGUCACCCUCCUGGCUGUUCUUGCCCUCGGAUACUCGGCACCCCAGACAAGACACCAGUUCCAUGACCACUAUGAAGAGUUCCUGAACAUUAUUGCGGAUGAAGCUCGCGAGGAUUUGGACGAGUUGACCGCCACUUACAUGCAGUUCGAGGAGUUCCAGGCCGGGAUUGAAUACCUCAUGUCGCCCAGGUUCAGGAAUUUAGUCUACGAAAUGGAGGACCUACCCGAGUUUAAGUCCAUGGUCGAUUUCAUGGAGACUCACAACAUCGACAUCCUGUACUUCAUAAACGAAAUCAAUGAAGCCGUUGACAACAUCCAGAACGGAAAUGGAAUCCCACAAAGAAGCCUUCGCCAAGCGGUAAGCGGUCGUGACAUGUCAUCUUACGUCCAGGAUUCCAUAAAACUGUUCCCUAAGGAUAAGCUCACUGCUUUGUACGACGAAAAGAUGGCCAACUCUGAAGGUUUCAGAAAUGCCAUGGAAAACUUCGGCAGUGAGGAAUGGGAUCAGAUUUGGAACGCCCUCUGGGAGAACGAAACGUUCCUUGCGGAGGUCCAGGAACUUAAUGCCAAUGGAAUCGACGUGCACGUUCUCGUUUUAGAACUGAGGGCUGUCUUGGGAAUCUUUGAUUAA